GCUUUUCAAAUUGAAGUAGUAAAAAUAGUCUUAUAUUGGAAAAUGAAUGGGUGAGGCCAUUCACUUUGUAUCUCUUUGACUUUACUGUUGUAAUUCUUCAUCCUGUAUUUCAGCUUUGCUUGUCUGUUAUGCACAUCUGACCUCACUGUAUAUUACUUGUGUGCAGCUGUCUUGUAAAUGGACUGACGUGUGCUCACAUUUUAAUCUUAGUCAGCAAAGUGUGUAUAUGUGAUAUGUGCUGCAUGAGCUCCAAGAAUAGCAGCAUUACAAAACAUUUGCUGCUUUCUUAUUGUUUCUAGGGUAUUUUUUUGAGUUUUCACAAUUUUGUUAUUCAUUUGAGUUAAUUGAUCUGCCUGGAAAACCUGAAUACCCUGCAACAUUUGGAAGUCUCACAGUGUAGUAUUACAGGACUGUCUUUGCCAAAAGGAUUUGGUUAAUGUCACAAUAGACUGACACUUGAAGCUGAGUUGAUCCUUGCAUUUGGAUAGAACACUCAGCCAGCCUUUAGCACUCAGAAGACUUGCAUGCAAAAGGGCUGUGAGGGGUUUCUUUGUUUCCCUAGAAACAAAGUGUCCUGUAGUAUCAGUCACAUAGGAGGUAGCCUAUAAUUGUGGCAAACAACAGGUUAAGUUCUGAAUUACAAAGAUGAAGAUGUAGUUAGAUAUUAGAAGUAAAAUAAUGAGGAAAUGUAAGUGUGACAUGCACGAGGCAUGUAUCUCUGAUACUUGUCACUGAGAGGUGAUUUGGGGUUUUUGGUAAAGUAUCUUUUUGAGUUUUUGAAAACAGGCGGCCUGAAGCUCCACCAAAUGGCUUCAAGGAUAUCUUUCUCUGAAUUGCUUGAUAGAGGUCAGUAUAUUUUCAUCUUGGUUUAACUAUUCUUUUGUCUGUGGAGUAUGAUUUAUCCUUUAAAGAGCAGAAAGCACUCUGUCACCAAAAUCUGGCUUUCCUUAGGAGGAGUACAAUGUAUGCUGUGGUAUUGCGUGUAAUGUUUGACUGUUUGGCAGUGUUAGCUGUCUUUUAGUUUAACUAGCAUUGACAGAUACCUUAUGACUUGCUAAUAAACUCCUAAGAUUUUGGAGGUGGUUUCAUUUUCUUCUGCUUGAGUAUUGUUCUCUGUAAAAAAUGAAAAUACUAUACAAUGGUAAUUGGUAGUUAUUAGCCUUCUCACACCUGGUCACGUUAGUGAGUUCUCUGGCCUCAAGAACUGUUAGGUUAAUUCGGAAAUUGAGAGAACAGAAACACCCUGGAUCUUUCCUCUGAGGUUUCGGCUGUUUUAGAACUAUCAAGUAUGAUAUAAUGUAAAUUCUUCUAGAGUGUGGGCUAGAAACGAGCUGCAUAUUCUUAAUUUUCUGUGUGUGAAUCUUUUUUGUAGUGGUUUCUCUUUCUUGUUCAGGUUAAUUCUUGUCUGGUUAAUUCUUGUUUCUGGGCUCUUGUUUUCUGUGCCUUCAAAAUAGCAUAAUUGGUAGUAAUUUGGGUAAGAGUGAGGACUUACUGUUCAUGAAAACAGAACAUUCUGGAAUUGAGUUUUAAUUCAGGCAACUGGAGGUUUUCAGAACAUUUUUUUCAAAGGAGAGGAGCUUCCUUCCAAACGUCUGCUUCUGGCGGGAUGUGAUGGGCUGAGGAGGAGCUGGCUGGCUGUGCUGGCUGCUGCAGUACUGCACAGGGCUGGCUCUGCUGUGCCUGCCCGUGAUGAGAACACAGUGGGGCUUCUUGAAUUGCUGCUCAAAAUUCUUCCCAGUGGGAAUGUUGCAGGGAAGAAUUAAUGGAAUUAGUUCUUGUUUUCUCUUGCUGCUUGAGGUGUAAUAGGAGGCAGUUCCUCAUUUAUGAGAAGUGUAAGUACAGAAUAUUUUGUUGUGUGGAAGUCCUUAGACCUUCUAGACAUUUUCCCAUAAGCUGUUAGGGUAAUGUUAACAUCAGGUUAAGAGAGUACUUGAGACAUGUCACCUUUUCAGAGAGAGAGCUAAGAGACACUUGACUCUACCUCUACCCAAGAGGAGGUAGGACAGUUGUGUGUGUUAUUUGUUCCUCUGAUCUCCUUCCUGUAUUCCUUGUUCAAAAGCAGUAUAGCAUUUCCUCAGGAAGCUCUUUUCAGAAUUUGAGGUUCUAAACAGUAUGAGUGGCAAACUAAAAGUCUUGAAAAAGUUAAUACCUUUACGUAUUUUCUUUCCUUAAUAUAUACAUAUAUGUAUUUAUAUGAGACUUACCUAACUGGGUUGUCAAAUUAUGCUGCAUUUAGGAAUAAUAUGGAGAAUAGCUUUAACAAAUGGAGAAGUGAGUUUAUGGGAAUAGGCCAGGCAUUGGUUAUUCAUUUAUAUUCUGCAGGAGAACCUGUUUUAUUCAGAGCUCUUGGAAAAUGUUCAUGGAAACUUUUAGGGAAUUAGGACAGCUGGUCUAGCAGACUUUGAAGUCUGCAACACAGCCGGCUGGUCGGCAUUCCCAGUGCCAACUGGCUCAGCAGCAAGUAGAGACAGCAACUGUGAUUUUGGCUUAGGAAACCCUGUAUAUAUAGAAGAUGACUUGAUGACAGUACAAAAAUAGAGAAGGAGAAAAAAGAGCAUGCUAAGCUUCAUGGGAUGAUUCGUACAGAAAUAAGUGGAGCUGAAAUUGCAGAAGAGAUGGAGAAAGAAAGAAGGUUCUUCCAGUUACAGAUGUGUGAAUACCUGCUGAAAGUCAAUGAAAUCAAGAUUAAAAAAGGAGUGGACUUGCUUCAGAACUUGAUCAAGUAUUUUCAUGCUCAGUGCAAUUUCUUUCAGGAUGGGUUAAAAGCAGUUGAAAGUCUCAAACCUUCAAUUGAGACGCUCUCGACAGAUCUUUAUACAAUUAAACAAGCACAAGAUGAAGAACGAAGACAAUUAACACAGCUCAGAGAUAUUUUAAAAUCAGCACUCCAAGUUGAUCAGAAAGAGUCUAGGAGAGAUUCUCAGAUUCGUCAGAGUACAGCUUACAGUUUACAUCAGCCUCAGGGAAACAAGGAGCAUGGCACUGAGCGCAGUGGCAGUCUGUACAAGAAAAGUGAUGGAAUCAGAAAAGUGUGGCAGAAAAGGAAGUGCUCAGUUAAAAACGGUUUUCUUACAAUUUCCCAUGGUACAGCUAACCGACCUCCAGCAAAGCUCAAUCUGUUAACCUGCCAAGUGAAAACAAACCCAGAGGAGAAAAAGUGUUUUGACCUCAUAUCACACGACAGAACAUACCACUUUCAAGCAGAGGAUGAACAGGAAUGUCAAAUAUGGACAUCUGUGCUACAAAACAGCAAAGAGGAAGCUUUAAAUAAUGCAUUCAAAGGAGAUGAUAACACAGGAGAAAAUAAUAUUGUCCAGGAACUGACAAAAGAAAUUAUAUCUGAAGUCCAGAGGAUGACUGGAAAUGAUGUUUGUUGUGACUGUGGAGCACAAGAUCCUACCUGGCUUUCAACAAAUUUGGGAAUUUUAACUUGCAUUGAAUGCUCAGGAAUCCAUAGAGAACUUGGUGUUCACUAUUCCAGAAUGCAGUCACUUACAUUAGAUGUGCUGGGAACAUCUGAACUUCUGCUUGCAAAGAAUAUUGGGAAUGCUGGAUUUAAUGAGAUUAUGGAAUUCUGUCUUCCAGUUGAUGAGGUAGUCAAACCUAAUCCAAGCAGUGAUAUGAAUGCAAGAAAAGAUUACAUUACUGCCAAGUAUAUUGAGAGAAAAUAUGCAAGGAAGAAGCAUGCAGACAAUGCAGCUAAAUUGCAUGCUCUUUGUGAAGCAGUGAAAUCAAGAGACAUUCUUGGAUUAGUUCAAGUGUACGCUGACGGUGUGGAUCUCACAGAAAAAAUUCCACUGGCCAAUGGCCAUGAGCAAGAUGAAACAGCACUGCACCUUGCUGUUAGGUCAGUUGAUCGAACAUCCCUUCAUAUAGUUGACUUUUUAGUGCAGAACAGUGGCAAUCUAGAUAAGCAAACAUGUAAAGGUAGCACAGCCCUGCAUUAUUGCUGUCUAACAGACAACGUUGAGUGCCUCAAACUGCUGCUGAGAGGGAAGGCUUCUAUUGAAAUAGCAAAUGAAGCAGGAGAGACACCACUUGAUAUAGCUAAACGUUUAAAACAUGCUCACUGUGAAGAGUUGCUUACUCAAGCACUGUCUGGAAGAUUUAAUUCUCAUGUUCAUGUAGAAUAUGAAUGGCGGUUACUUCAUGAAGAUCUGGAUGAAAGUGAUGAUGAUGUGGAUGAAAAGCUGCAGCAACCCAGUCCCAACCGGAGAGAGGACAGGCCUGUCAGCUUCUACCAGCUUGGAUCAAACCAACUUCAGCCUAAUGUAGCAUCCUUGGCAAGAGAUGCAGCAAACAUUGCUAAGGACAAGCAAAGAGGAUUUAUGCCAAGUAUAUUACAGAAUGAAACAUAUGGAGCAAUACUCAGUGGCAGUCCGCCUCCCAUUCAGCCUGCAGUACCUGUUACAAGUAGUGCACCUCCUCUACCUCCAAGGAAUAUUGGCAAAGUUCAGCCUUCAGUUCUUGGCAGUGGUAUUCAGACAAUUUCUUCAUCUAAUGCAAUGUGGAAGACAAAUUCUUUAGGAGUGGAAAGUAUAAGCAGGCAGAGGUCUUCAUCAGAUCCACCAGCUAUUCAUCCCCCUGUGCCGCCAUUGCGUGUAACAUCUACAAAUGUACUUUCUCCAGCACCACCACCUCCAGUGGCAAAGACAGCCAGCAUUAUAGAAGCUCUGAACCAGCAAUCGAAACAGCAGCCAGCUCCUCCACAAAACAAGCCAACCCCACCACCACUGCCCCCACAACCUCCUAGCAGAAUCUCUCAGAGAAAGCCUAUUCCUGGGACUGAGAAGUCAUCUGGCUUAACUAACAAAGGGCAGACCAGAGGACUUGGGUCCCUACAACAACCUGCAGGAGAGUCAUCUUCUGUAUGUGACAUUCCAGGAACACAGACUGGUUCUACAGCAAAUACUUUGGCACAAAUCCAGCCACCAGCACCAAUGCCAAGGAAAUCACAAAUAUCAAAAACUAAACCCAAGAGAGUAAAAGCAAUUUACAACUGUGUAGCAGAUAACCCAGAUGAACUGACUUUUGCAGAGGGAGAUAUUAUUGUCGUUGAUGGUGAAGAAGAUCAGGAGUGGUGGAUUGGUCAUAUUGAUGGAGAUCCCAGUCGGAAAGGAGCUUUCCCUGUAUCAUUUGUGCACUUUAUUGUUGACUAGAUUGCUACUGAUAAGUGGAGACAUUUCUCAUUUCCAGCAGUCACAGAAACAAGUUUUGUUCUAUUUCAUUUCACCUACCUAUCCGCAGCCACCUUGCCAGAGCACUGCCCAAGUCCUAGGUACUGUAGCUUACUUUUUUAUUGCCAUUGUUCUGGUUUGGGGACUUUUAAACUUUUUUCUACGUGAAAACUUCUCAUAAGCAGUUUACACUUUUAAAUAAAAACAACUCUUCCUGUAUCUUUCAAGGUGAACUGAAAAGCUUUAACAAUCAAAAUCCAUGUGUCCGAGUAUCACAACAUUAUGAAUGUUCUUAUCGAUCAAUUCACUGUAAUUUUAUUAUCCCGUUUGUAACAUGACAGUACAACAGUUCAGUGUUGCUUCCCCGGUUAAAGAAAUUGUGUGUGCAUCUACCAGGGCAGGGAACUUACCCAGUUCUUGAUGCCAUUUGAAAUGUUGGAACCAAAACAUGCCAGCUGCUGUAGUUCUGAAGUGGACUCGUUCAGUAGCUUGCCAUAUUGGUUGUCAUCAAAAAUGCCAACAGUUGCAGAAGAAAUUGUUUUAAUUAUGUGUCUUUGGCCAGGUGAAAGUGAAAAAGUACUUCAGUUUACUACAGGAGAAAUUUCUUUCUUUCAGAAUGGAUGUAGAUAUUUGCUUAAAGUUAUCUGAAAUCUGUGUUAGUUGUUGAACUCUCUAGUUCUGAUUUUGUGAGCUUGAGACUGUUUUGUUUUUCUAUGCUGCAUGUGUGUAGAACCUGUUUUUUGAAUGUUCUUUAUGUAUGUUACAUCCAUUUUGGUCACUUAAUGUGACUACUGCUGGUUAACUAAACUAUGGCAAUAUUAAUGAGUUACUACAUUAACUCAAGGAUUUGAAAACUGCACUUCCUGAAAUGUACUUAAGUAUGAUGAUGGAUUGCAGAACAUUUCUUACGCUUGUCUCAUUAUAGCAUUAAGACUUUGUUUUUAAAUUCUUGAAUUUUCUUUAAAUCAUCCAGCAAUGUGUUCACAGAGAGAACAUAUUUGGUGGACCAUGUAGGUAAUUAUCCUUGGUCAAUGAGACACCUGACACCUCACAAGUUCACUACGUUCUGUUCUGGUUUAUGAAAUUUGUGUGCCACUACCUUGCAAACAAUGAUAGUUUGCCAACUCACUCUGUAUUUAUAUAGAAUACCCACGUAUAUGGUAGCUACACUGUUGUUAAACUUGUUUUGCUGAUUUGUGAACAAAAGCUAGGCCAUGGAUAGUUCCCAGGUGGUUGUUGGAAUUUAAAACACCAAUACAGAUCGGACAUCAUUUUGAUGUUUGUGUAUUGUGAAAUUGUACCAGGUUUUGCUUAUGCUACAGGAAACAACUGAGGCAUAGGAUACAGAAAAUCAAUGUCUAGGUCACAUUGGCUUUGAUCACGUUAUGUGAACAUUGUAUCUCUAGAUUUAUCAAGAGAGCUUUGAAUUUCUGGCAAAUGGUGCUUAAAUUGGCCAUUUCAUAUUGGAAGGAAUGGAAAACAGGCCACCACCACAUCUGUGCUUAUUUGGAGGAAAAGCACGUUGCAAAAAUGCUGGAAGAGCAACACUGAUCUCACCCUGUAUCACCCUUCCUGAAUGGUACCGCUGGUUGAUGCCUCUUGGGCGUGUGGGUACAGCCACGUAGAUGUGUAAUUUUCACUUCCUAGAUGCUGUUGCUGCAGUAUAAAUGGGGAACAAACUGGAAUGUUUCAAGAUAUUUUUAUUGCAAGUUGAAGCAAAUUAGUCUGUAUUUUCAAAGUUCCCAGUAAAAUGAUAGAGUAAUAGUUUAGCACUACAGUUUUAUUCACUUACUGAUAUGUUCAGUUUGCAACACUAUUUUGUAUGUUUCUAUCCCUGAUAGAGUCUAGAGAGUAAAUGGGCAUAUUAUUUUGCACAGAUCUCCUAAUGUACAGUAUUUUUAACACAGAAUCUUAUAGUGUAUGUAACGAUUCGUAACAUUAAAAAAUGAUACAAAUUUCCCUUGAGUUCUGCUAGAAGAGGAAUAGAGUAAAAUGUCGCAACUUUGUUCACAGGUCACUUAAAAAACAGGAAACUUGUAGACUUCAACUUAAUAGCACUAACAGUGCAGACAGGUAAAAUCCCAAGGACCAAUAAAGAGCAGCUAAGCAAAAUGUAUCCCCUGAUUUUCUCAGUUUCUCAAAAGGUUUUCUCCUCUGGCAGAGAAAAUGAAAUUCUAGAGCCUGUAGAUAUCUAUUUAUAAUAUAAAAUUAAGAAUUUUAAGUCCAAAAUUUUGGCAUAUCUCAUACAACUUUUCAAAUCUGAUUCAAAAAAUCUAUUAAUAGACAGACUAUUAGGUUGCUGUGUUAACUGUUUAAAAAGGAGCAAGUGACACUUAAAAUGCAGCUUAGAAUGCUAUGAGAUGUAUAAUAUUCAAUUCAGUUGUUUUUAUUUUGUUUAGUUGCAGAGCAACUGUAUAUAUUGUAUAACCUAAAAUCAACUCUUAUUUUCAAUGUCCUGGAUGCAGUGAUUUAUAAUUAGAGCAUGAUUAAUAAAUUUUACUCUUGUUAACCAGUCAAAUGUCUGGAAAAAUAAAACUACUUUUAAAAUCA